GGGCGGAGAUAGCCCAAAGGAGCCUGGGUAAUCGAACCUUAACCCGAUGGCGCGAAAGGACGCCCGCCUCUCCUACUGUUAAACGGACGGUGAUCAUUUAAAAAAGUACAGUCUGAAUAUGGAUUCCAAAACCGCGAAGGUUUCCACAUGGCUGUCAAAGAUUUUUGAGGAUCAGCAGGUCCCUUUCUAUGAAGUGAACCCGUGGACCAUGGAUGUUCUGUGUCGUCUGAUGGAGCGGAAUGAAAUGCGAGACAGUGAUGUCAUGCAGCUGAUUGAGGAUGUGAAGCAAAAAUCUGUGGAGUACAAGUCUGAUGCUGACUACUUGCAGGGUUUCAUUAUGGAGAGUGUGGGUUUGUCCUCCACUAGUCUCUCCAGUAAUGGAUCCAGCUGUCUGAAAAAUCUGGUGAAUAGCAGCCUUGCCUUGGACCUAAAAGAUACCUCUCAAACCAGCUUUGUGCUUGCAAUAAAAGAUUUGGCCUCUGACUGUUUAGCAGCUGAGAACAGAAGUCAAGUGGUUGUAAUUAGUGACCUGUCGAAGAAACUGACUGAAACCAUCAAUCUGGAAAAGUCUCUGGAAAAGGAUUUACUGCAGACAGAUGCCUGUCUCAUUGAAGCCAAGGCAAAAGCAGAGUGUAAAAAGCAGAAUGCAGAAUUCUUCAGAAAAAAAAUGAAAGAAUGGAGCCAACUGAGCCAAAGUUUAGAGAGUGACCUGAAGCAAGUUGGAUUCGAUGCAUGUCUAGAUCAUCAAUCGCUUGUAGAACUUUCUGAGAGGUUGGAAAAUGUGAAGAAGGAAGUAGAAUCUUUGAAUGCAAAGCUGAAAUCCUAUCAUGACUUGACACCCAAUUUCUACAGUGCCAAAGUAAAAAUUGAAGAAACAAAAUUGGAGUUGAGCAAGGUUGAUCGUCUACUUUCUGAGAAGAUGGAUGCUCUGAGCUGUGUGUCACCUGAAGUGAAUCCUCUUAAAUGAGCAACAAACUGACUUUGGAUCAAAUUUCUCUUUCCUAAUGUGAAGCAUCUAAGACUGUUUGUGUGUCUGAAACUUUUGACCAGUAGUCUAAUUCAAUGGAGUCUAUAUAUUUUCAGGUUUGCAAUAAUAAUUAAAGGUUAUAGCAGGCUCAUUACUUUGGAUCAGUGAAGUUCAUAUGAAAUACACCUAGAAUAUACCUUUUAUGCUUGUCAUUUAAGUGUAAUGACGCUUUUUAAAUAGUUCCAUGUUGAUGCUGUUGGGAGAAAACGUCACAUUGCUUGCAGCUAGUGUUGUUCCAGCAUAUGGUGAAACCUCUGUGGUGUCAAGGGACUUCCAUAACUGAUUAUUUACUGACAUCUCAUUGGUUCUCCUUUUAUAUUACAAUGGUUGGUGAACUAAGGUUGCAGGUAGUGAUCAUGCGGUCCUAGAUUUAAAAUUUUGGAAGUGCCAGCGCUUGAUAUUUCUGAUUGGUGUACACUUCUUUUUCUCAUCAUUCUUUAUUUCCUAAAUUUAUCCUUCUUUUCUACCUAGUCUGAAAGAUUGACUGUAGUUUCAAUGUAUCUUUUGCAUGAUUGCUGGCAAGUUGUUUAGUGCUGGAGAGAGAGAGAGGUCUCCCUGGUUGAGCUUGUCUUGUCUUCUCUCGCAUCUUCCUGCAGCAAUACAUUUAUCAGAAUUAGGGGGCUUUUUUGCCCUAAUCUAAGAAAACAUUAUUAGCUAUGCUGAGAUCAAUAUGUUGUUUGAACUUGAUGCCUUCCUGAUUUUUAUGCUUAAUCUAAUGCUGUAGUUACAUAUAGAUCUGUUUGCAUGGAAUCUCCCUUUCAUGUUUUGAUACAUUGAAACAUUACCUUGUUCUGCCUUGUAUACUUUGAAUAAAUGACUUAUUUUAGAGUUCUUGUAUCUGUACCAUGUCUGUUCUGUGACAGAACCAAGAAAUUGUGUAGCAUUAUACAAAAAUAAAUAUAACUGCCAUAGAUAACUA